AUGAUAGGGAAAUAUCGACGACCACGCUGUUUUGGGAAAGAUUUCAAUCCAGAAAUCUAUGCUCGGUACCGUUUUAACAAGAAGGCGUGGAUGACCUCUGAAAUGUUCAGUGAUUGGUUGAGAACUUUUGAUAGACAGUGUAGGUCACGUGGCCGUUGCGUGAUACUUCUCGUCGACAAUGCAGCCAGCCACAAUUGCAAACAUGUGAAGUUGACAAAUGUCAAAGUUCACUUUCUUCCUCCCAACACUACAUCCCGGAUUCAGCCACUUGAUGCUGGUAUUAUUCGGACAUUUAAAGCUUAUUACAAGAGAUCAUUAGUGAGACAUUUCAUCGCAUGUGCAGAAGACGACAAACCUCAGUGUAUAAACUUAAGAGAAGCCUUGCGAUUCGUGAAAUCUGCAUGGGCAGAUGUUUCUUGUCAGACGAUUAAGAACUGUUUCAAGCAUGUCGAAAUUCUGCCAAGUCAAGAAUCCCAGAUUGGUGAAACUGAUGAUCUUGAAGAUGAUAUCGUGCUUGCCGACUUGAAAAAGCUACUUCAACGCCUCCCGUCUGAUGAUGAAAACAUGUCGCCUGAUGAUUUCAUCGAUGCCGAUGCCAACGAAGAAACUUGUGAUUCGCUGACUUCAGAGAACAUCAUAGAGAUGGUGACAGCUGCAGAUGAUCAGAUUGAAAGUGAAGAAGAAGAAGCAGAAGACACGGUCACCCUUCCGUCUUUAACAGACAUGAGACUGUACCUCGGUAACAUCGUUACGUGCUACGAGUGCCAGGGUGACAUCAUUCUCUUCCCACAGAGAUGA